CUUUGCCCAAAGCUGCCUCGGCUGCGUCGACGGCUCGGUCUACGAACUAAUUAAUUCCACGUUCUCCACGACAUGAAUUCCUUCCGAUCUUGAUGUCGUGCGACUCCUUCCUCUCUCUAUGCCUGUAGCAUGUCUGCAAGCAGCUUUGCCGCUGCUCAAGAGCGGAUACUUGCGCAACAAGUGGCGAGACAACAAGAAGCACGCGCCCGCCAGCAACAGACCGAGAUAAGCGGAGCGCAUACCUCGCUGUCGCGAAUUGCCCACUCUUUGCGACCGGGAGUUUCGUCAUUAUGGUCGACUUUGCUGGAAUCCGAAGGGACGCGGCCGGCAUUCCGAGUAGGCCAAGUUGAUGCUGAGCUCCUCGACGAAGAACUAUUGGGCUUGUUGAAGACACAAGUCGGAGAUGCGCUCAAGUACCUAGGUCCGCAUUUGCAGGACGAUUGGUCUCAAGAGAUCCUCCUUGCUCUUCGAGCCGCCCUCUUCAAACUCUCCAUAUGGGACAAUGAUGCCUCUUAUGGCGCCUCUCUACAGAACCUCCGUUAUACCGACGCCCGUCAGUCCAGCUUAGCGCUACCAAAACCGACGAAAUGGCAAAAGGGCCUGUACGGUCUAAUCACGAUCUUUGGACGGUAUGGAUGGGACAAAUGGCAAGAUUGGCUUAUUGACCAAGAGCGAGGGUAUACUGCCCCUUCGGAGAAAGUGCAGCGGUUGAUGCGAGCCACUUCCUUCAUCUCGACCACCCACUCAAUAGCUGCGUUUUGUUCUUUCUUGGUCUUCCUUGUCAACGGCCGAUACCGAACGCUCACCGACCGUCUUCUUCGCCUGCGGCUCGUCUCUCCGUCCAACCAAGUGAGUCGGGAGGUGUCGUUUGAAUAUCUCAACCGUCAGCUUGUCUGGCAUGCUUUCACGGAAUUUUUGUUGUUCCUUCUCCCUUUAGUCGGAAUCAAUCGGUGGCGUAAGUGGCUUUCAAGAGCAUGGAAGAGGACUAAAGAUGCAAUGCGCUCCGAGAGCGCAGGUGACGAUGAUGAAAAGAUCAAGAGCGGGCCACUCUCGUUUCUUCCCGAGAGGACUUGCGCAAUAUGUUACAAUGACCAGAACCCGACCUCGACUUCUGAAGCAGAAAUUCUUGGAGCAAAUGUGGGUGCGGGAGGUGGUGUGAUUGGUUCGGCCACGACCGACAUUGUCAAUCCGUACGAGACUAUUGCAUGCCGCUGCAUCUAUUGCUUUGUAUGCAUAGCAAAGAAAAUUGAGGCCGAGGAAGGUGGUGGAUGGUCAUGCUUACGAUGCGGCGAGCUUGUGUACAAGUGUCGCCCGUGGAAUGGGGAUGUCCUCGAGGAGAGGAAAUUCAGUGGCAAGAAUGGGAAGACCGUUGGUUUCUCUUUUACCGCCGGGGACGAGGCUGAGGGCACUACCAACGAGAAUCCCAGAGAUGGUGCCAGACUAGGCGAAUCCACACUUAGCUCGUCCGAGUGGUCCAUGACAGGAGCAGAUUCGACAAGUGGCUGAGCAUCUCUUUUUGUGGGAUCGGUUGACUGCUGAUUAUACUUCGCCACACCGACGCUAGUAUAAGGCGAGCAACAUCGCGAAAACGGAAGCUAUCAGCAUCAGAACGGCAACAAUUUGAUUCACUCGUACAUAUGUACAGACUAUGGACGGCGACUCGUGUUCACAACAGACUGGAAAUCGUCUCCUUCCAAUGACUCCAAAGUGAAGUUGCUACCUUUCAACACCGCUAACGCUCAAGUAUACACAUUACCAUUCUUAAUCAGGUUAAGGAAUGUCUCCUUGUCAUGUCCUGGGAUGACCUGACCCCUGGUCGUUCUCUCGAGCUGCUUCAAACGUUGCGUGCUCUGGAACCAUGCCGGGUGGUCUCUUGCGAGCCAGCCCUGAGGAAUACCAUCACGCCACUGCAGAUAACAAUCAGUACAACUCCACGCAAACAACAAUUCAGUCGACUUACGUUCUCAAUGAUGUGGCAAUGGUCACUGAUGAAGAGGAAGGUACCGCUAUCCGGCAUAUUGAUCUGCAUACCGACCAACCCUAAGGCAACAAGUCAGGUACACGUUUUGGAGCGGGUGAUGGUUAGACUUACCAUCUGUAUGGCCAGGCAGGUGAUGCAGCGUAAUGCCCUGGCAGAAGUCGAAUGUGCGAUCAUCGAACGUCUUCCAGUUACUAGCAGGCAUCAGUACAUGGUCCUAAUCCCUGGAAUAUAACACUUACAAGCUCAACUUGAGGUAAUGCUCCAGGUAGACGCCAGCAUCCGCUCCGGUUGCCACGGACCAGAAGGCUGCCUUCAACUCUCGGUCGUGCACCCAGAUUUCAACGUCCUUUCUGUCAAGGAACAUGUCCAACCCGCCUGCGUGGUCCAGGUGCAGAUGACCAAUGAUGAUCUUUUUGAUGUCCUCGAGCUUGUUGCCGGUAGCCUCAACAGCCGCCUUCAGCUCAUGCCGGGGCUCGUAUUUUACACGGGCAAAGACAUCGCUGAGAGUAGGACCCCAGACCUCCGGAUAGUCUUUCCCACAUCCAGUCUCCCACAGAAUCAGGCCCUCGUGGGGAUGCUCAAUCAGGAUACAGUACAUAGGCAGCUCUCUUCGCUUGUUGACAAAGGACCUGUUUUCAGUGCUUUUGGUGCUGGUGUUACCACCGCGAAGCACAAAGGCCUCAUCACACUCUAGCCAUCCGACUUCCAGCACGUGGAACUUCGUGCCUUUAGGACAGACGCUAGAGAUGUGGUUUGGGACAGCACCGCGGUCCAGUUGUUGUUGAAUCCCAGCCAUGAUGUGAGCGAGAACGGGACUGUGCUGCUUACACAGGCGUUAUGAGCAGAGGAACUGGGUACCUUGGGGAGAGGAGUGGGAGCAGAAGUAGGGGUCGGCCAGAAGAGGCCAGGAGUAGUUGUAUCUGGGAUGGUAUUUGAGGGGCUCAGGAUGUGUUUGCCGAACUUCAAGACAACGAAUUCGGCACUCUGGAGGCCCCGCACGCUUUCGCCAGUCGACCAUUCCUUCCUCCGCUGCGGAGAAUAUCCGAGCUCCUCAGCGUACGAAGAGCGAAUGAAGAUUCGGCAUGGCGAUGAGGCAGUGCCUGUGCGUGCCUAGUCACGGACUACAGUAGGACGUACCACUGGCACGGCGCCAGCUUCGUCUAUCGAGACGCAGAUGACGCGAGAGGCGUCUCCGAGAUUGCAGCGCUCGAGUUCCAUCUGCCAUAGAUUCCAUGGAUUUGCUUUGAUGGGAUUCCGCUCCCCGCACCCCGGAACCAGUAUAGCGACACCGAGGAGGGGAACGACCGGAUCAUCCUGUCCACUGCAUCGAAAGGAGCUUGUCAGUCUUUAGCAACUUCUGUGACUAAAAGGAUCCAUGUGUCGAGGCUUUGUUGUUGUGGUUGGCCUUUGGGAACCGCGUCCCUCCAGUCCGGACCUGUCACCCUCUGCUUGAAGCAGUCCUAAAACCAGAUGGCCGCUGUACAAUGUUGUACCAUUCGAAGCUUGCAGUUCGGCAUCGCCAACUAUGGUCGGCACCAAUAAGCUUUCGAUACGCACCAUCCGAUAGGCACCCGCGCCCACUCCCAAGGCAACCGGUUCUGUUGUACCUGGCAGCUUGUUCCAAUGUUGGUGAUGCUGUCGAGACUCACCCCGAAAAUGAUGGAGCUAAUGAGUUUUUGCCGAGGCUGACAACAAGCGCGAUGCAUUCUCCGAGAUCAAGCCCAUCAGCGCGAUCUGAACCCUCCUGCAGCACUGGCAGAGCUGUCAGACUCGAGAAGAGGGGCAUGAGCUCAUAUUCUUGCUCUCGGACUACAACAGUACUAGUAGUUGGCUUGUCUCCGGAUUCGAUCUUCGAUCAUUGCAACGAUUCCCAACCUUGGCCAGUAUACCUAGGUGUGUGCUUACCCCCCAGUCGCCAGGUCGCUGUCAGCGCAAUUUGCUCGGAUUGUCACCAUAUUCUGUUCUGUGGUCCGCAAUGCACAAUUGACUCGAGCCCUGACUAUAAUCAGUCUGCAUCGCACAAUUUUCGAGCCUGGAGGAGACAGGCGAAGGGAGACAUGGGGAGCGGCUCGACGGACCCUCAGCAAGGGAACGGCCACUAGGGCGGCCGUAUGAUGGUCCCAGCUGAAACAGUGCCCGGGCAAGGGUUGGGCACAAAGCGUUUCUACCGGGUUAUAGUUGCAGCUUACUAAAAAUACCUGCGUUGGUCGUAGUUUGAAGGGGGAUUAGACGUGUAAUAAUGCGACUGCAGAGCGACAGGAAGACACCAACUCUUAAGUUCUGCUAUUCCUCACGGCCGCUUUUACUCCCCUUUUGAAAAGGCGAGGCUGGAAAAGCAGCGGAAUAUUCAUAUGAUGCCGAAUGAAAUCCGCA